AAUGUUUGUCAAAAAAAUCGCACCACCGGCAUCUCGCAACGAAAUCGGAAAAGGCGGCGCACGUUUUUUCGGCAGAGAUAAAUCGGUUCGUCUGCCGUUCUCGUCCGUACGCAAGUUUACUGACAAAUUGUUAUCAGCCGUGUUUUCUGUUGGCCGUUUGAGUGUCGACAAUCGGAUCCUCAGCCAUUCAAACGUUUUUCAGCUUUCGAAGCGUUCGGGUUUUCAGUUUCGUUGCUCCAGUUCAAUUCAGCUCAGCCAAGAUGUCCAAACCAGCCUUUAAAGUCGCCGAUAUGAGUUUGGCCGACUUCGGUCGGAAGGAGAUCAUGCUGGCCGAAAACGAGAUGCCCGGGUUGAUGGCCUGCCGGAAGAAGUAUGGCCCCGCGAAGGUUCUCAAGGGUGCCCGCAUUGCCGGCUGUCUGCACAUGACCAUCCAAACGGCGGUGCUGAUCGAAACUCUGGUCGAACUGGGAGCUGAGGUCCAGUGGAGCAGCUGUAACAUUUUCAGCACCCAGGACCAUGCGGCCGCAGCCAUCGCCAAGGCGGGCGUUCCGGUGUACGCGUGGAAGGGCGAAACCGACGAGGAGUACCUGUGGUGCAUCCGGCAAACUCUGGUAUUUGCGGACGGGCAGCCGCUGAACAUGAUCCUGGACGAUGGCGGAGAUUUGACCAAUCUGGUGCACACCGAGUACCCGCAGUACCUGAAAGGCAUCAAGGGUAUUAGCGAGGAGACGACCACCGGGGUUCACAAUCUGUACCGGAUGCUGAAGGAGGGCAAACUGGGUGUCCCGGCGAUCAACGUGAACGAUUCGGUCACCAAGAGCAAGUUCGAUAAUCUGUACGGAUGCCGCGAGUCGUUGAUCGAUGGCAUCAAGCGUGCGACCGACGUGAUGAUUGCUGGCAAGGUUUGCGUCGUUGCCGGAUACGGUGAUGUAGGUAAGGGAUGUGCCCAAGCCUUGAAGGGCUUCGGUGGGCGAGUGCUCAUUACCGAAAUCGAUCCGAUCAAUGCUCUGCAAGCCGCGAUGGAAGGUUUUGAAGUUACAACGAUGGAGGAAGCUAGCAAGGAGGCGCAGAUAUUUGUGACCACAACUGGAUGUACCGAUAUCAUCAUGGGAGAGCACUUUUUGAACAUGAAAGAUGAUUCGGUGGUCUGUAACAUUGGACAUUUUGAUUGCGAAAUCAACGUAGCUUGGUUGGAGAAAAACGCUAAGGAGAAGGUGAACAUCAAACCUCAGGUCGAUCGGUAUCUUUUGCCAAGUGGCAAUCAUGUCAUCGUGCUGGCUGAAGGCCGUUUGGUCAAUCUUGGCUGUGCCACCGGUCAUUCCAGCUUUGUGAUGUCCAAUUCCUUCACCAAUCAAACGCUGGCCCAGAUUGAACUGUGGACCAAACCAGAAGAGUACAAGGUUGGAGUUUAUGUACUCCCCAAGAAACUGGACGAGGAAGUCGCCGCUUUACACUUGGACAAACUGGGUGUCAAACUGACAAAAUUGAGUUCGAAACAAUCGGAAUACCUGAACCUACCCGUGGAUGGUCCUUACAAGCCAGAUCACUACCGUUACUAAUAAAUUUGGCCAAGCCAAUCAAAGUUCUGCGUAAGAAAUAAAGCAUUUAAUUUUUUAUUGAAAA